CUAAACCAGAAGUUUCGAAGCCGUUGAGUGUGGAAAUGUUAUAAAAUGUUCGAUUAUAAAAAUAUAUAAAAGUUUUCUAAAGGCGUUUAUAUUUUGUGAAAAUAACGUUUAUUUAAAAAAAAUUUGAAAUGUAAAUUUCACUGUCAGUGUAUAUUUUUCACUAUUGCAUCAUCUCUUUCGUGUAAUAUUUUUACAAAUUGUUGGGUACGUUCGAGGUUUGAAAAAUGUAAAUUGGUUUGAAAUCGUUUGAGAAAGUUGACAUUCAAGUUCAGCAUUGGGAUCGUAGUUAAAAGAGAGAUAAACGUAAUUGAAGUUGGAUUGCCAGGUCAAUAUAUCGCAUCAAACAAUGGUUUUAUUGAGAGAACACUUCAGUAAGCAGAUAAUUUGACGUUUUGGGCCAUGGGCUGUGGGGAUAUGUAAAGUCCAAAGUCUAUGUGAACAAUCCCGCUUUAAUUCAAGCCUCGGAGAAAAAUAUGACGCGUAUCAUUCGCCAGUCAUGGAAGAUUGGACUAAAUGGAUGCACCAUCUAAAACCUUGACGCGGCCAGCAUUUGAAAGAGAUAAUCUUCAAAAAAUAAAUGCCAAAAAAUUUUCUUUCGAUAGAUAAUAAACAUUCCCAUUAAAUUUGAAAAAUUAGGGAACCUCGAAGUUAAUCACCUUUUACAAAUCUCAGGGUCGGUUCGGCACUAGAAAGUUAUCACAAUCCCCAUUAUAGCACUUUUAACAACUUAUGCAACGUUUGAACGUGUCAAUCUCUUUUAAUUUCCCGCGUCUAAAAAAUUAAAUGAUGUACACACUGUUUUCGUUGUCAUCAAAGGUCUUUUCAAAUGCUGCAAUUUAGUUAUUUCCAAACGAAAUACGAGAAAAUUUAUUGAAAAAAAAAUUAAAAAUUAAAGAAAGAAAAUUAUAAGUUGUUUAAACAAAAAAUAAAAUAAAUUAUUGUGAAUUUAAAUGUUGCGUAUUAAAUAACACAGCUUUGCUGCCGCUUAUCAGUGACGCCAACAUUUGUUAUAAUUUCGAGCUCGGUCUGAUUAGUGAGAGUUUAAGUAAAUAAACUAGCGCACAGCCAAAGCUACGAGAGUGAGCUUACGCGGCAAACUCAACUCAUUCGUCCAAACUUAUGUAGUUAGUUUGUGAACAUCGCUUGAGCAACUGUGACCAUGGCGAACCUGCGCUGGAUUAGAAAUCUCGCAAUAUUCCUCAUAUUGAGCAAUUUUUUGGUAUUUGCGCUGUUGCUGGACCUGUCGGCUUUGCAUGGCUACGCGCAACUUGCCGAACGAGUGCGCAUCUAUGAAACAAUGCGCGCCAAUAUCUUGGAGAAGGAGUCAAAUAAUCAACUUGGCGGACGCGUGUUGCUUAAUGCCAAAGAACGCGUCGUCAAUGAGUUGAUCAUGUUGGAGAAGCAGCACGAACUGGAGUUGGGUUUGAAAAACAUAAGCCAUUUUCAGGUGGCACAGCACUUUUUCCGCUCAUUUGAGAAAAUUGGUAAUACGACGCUCUUUCAAAACCUAAAAACGAUGCCAAAAGGUGGUGUCUUGCAUGCGCAUGAUAUGGCGUUGUGUAGCAGUGAGUAUCUGCUAUCGCUGACCUAUCGUGAGCAUUUGUGGAUUUGUGUAGCAAAGAGUGAGACGCAAGAGUAUAAGAUGUUACGCUUCUCUUUGCUGCAGCCACAGCACGAAGAGUCGUGCGAAUGGUCAUUGCUGAGCGAAUUGCGACAAAGUGUGCUUAGCGAUGCUGUCGAUAAGAAGUUGCUGGCGCAGUUGACUAUGUAUCCCCUAGAACAUUUUCCAAACGAGGAUACAGUCUGGAAGCGUUUCCGCAGCAUAUUUCGGCUCGUGGUGGGGCUGCUGACCUAUGCGCCAGUGUGGAGCGACUACAUUUAUAAGGCGUUGGAGGAGUUCUAUGCAGAUGGCGUGCAAUAUUUGGAAAUUCGUUCCGUCUUGCCGAUAUUGUAUGAUUUGAGUGGCGGUAACUACACCCUUUUGAAUACGACACGUGUAAUGCGCGAUGCUGAUUUGCGAUUUCGCGCUUCGUAUCCAGACUGGAUUGGCUCGCGCCUGAUUUACGCACCGACAAGAAAAGUGUCCGACGCUCGUUUCGUAGAGUAUUUGGGCAAUGCGUUGCUACUGAAGUCUCAUUUCCCUGAUUACUUCGCCGGUUUCGAUUUGGUUGGUUGGGAAGAUGAGGGUCGGCCCUUACAUGACUACGCUCGCGAGCUGCUUGCUCUGCAAGACGAAAUCCAUUUCUAUUUUCAUGCCGGCGAAACAAAUUGGUAUGGUACCAACACCGAUGAAAAUCUACUCGACGCCGUUCUUCUCGGCACGAAACGCAUUGGACAUGGUUUGGCGCUGCUUAAGCAUCCCGAAGUAUUGCAGUUGGCACGUUUACGAAACGUUGCAAUUGAAAUAAAUCCAAUAUCCAAUCAAGUACUGCAAUACAUUGGCGAUUUGCGUACACAUCCCGCCUCUGUGCUUUUUGCUGUCAAUUAUCCUGUGGUCAUUGCAUCAGAUGAUCCCUCAUUUUGGAAAGCCACUCCGCUGACGCACGAUUUUUAUAUGGCGUUUAUGGUUAUCGCUUCGCGAAAGGCAGAUCUUGGCCUGUUGAAACAGCUAGCUUCAAACUCGAUUACUUACGGUGCCUUCAGUGGCAAUGAGCGCGAGGCAGCUUUCGAAAAAUGGCAUAAACGUUGGAACCAGUGGAUCGACAAUAUAAAUACGAAAUUGUAAUGAGUGCGUGUAUAAGUAAAAUUUUUUAUGUAAAAAUCGUAAAUUUCCGUGGUGAACAAAAAUAAAAAUGAAGUGGUGAGAUUUCGACCAAGAAAGUGGCUCGGCUCUUUUGGGUCUUAUAAACUAAGUGUUGUGUUUUUUCAUUCGAGAGAUAUUGUAUCGCUUAUUGAUGUGAUAUAAUAUCAUAUGACUGAAAUAACGCGAUGUGAUCACGAUAUGUUUGUAUGGCGUCAGUUAUUAUUUUGCUGUUCGUUGUAACGUUGUAUAUGUUGUUAGUCUCAUAUGUGCCGUGGGGAUUAAUAAUGUGCU